CACAGUCUUCUUUCACAAUCACUCUUGGAUUUAGGAAAAAUCGCAAUGAAUACCUCCAACAAAUUAAACGAAACUGUCAUGAACUAUUCCAACUAUGAAAACAUAGAUGGCACCAAAUACCAGCCUAACAAUGACAAACUAAAUGACUUCAGACGAGUCUUCCUCCCCACACUCUACAGCAUAAUCUUCAUUGUGGGCUUUAUUGGUAAUGCCCUUGUGGUGUGUGUCCUGGUCAAAUACCGCAAAACAUCCAACAUGUCAGAUCUGUGCCUCUUCAACCUGGCCCUUUCAGACCUCCUCUUCCUGAUCUCAUUGCCUUUCUGGGCUCACUAUGCUGCAGUCAUGGAGUGGAUCUUUGGGAGCUUCAUGUACCACGCAGUGACAGCGCUCUACCUGCUGGGAUUCUAUGGAAGCCUCUUUUUUAUGAUCCUCAUGACUGUGGAACGUUACAUUGUCAUUGUUCACAUGUUUUCCAAGCACUUAUCUGUCAGAGCUAGUGUAGCCCUGGCGCUGUUUGUGUGGUCACUCAGCUUGGGAGUUUCUUUACCAACCAUUAUUUUCUCCCAAGUAAAUAACGACUUAAGUAAAUGGGAAAUAUCAGCAUGGAAACUAGUCUCUUACAUUGAGCUAAACAUCCUUGGCUUGAUCAUACCUCUCUCAGUGAUGGUGUUCUGCUAUUCUCGUAUCAUCCUUAUUUUAAUGACCAUGAAGUCUCAAAAGAAACACAAAGCUGUCAGGAUUAUGGUUGUCUUGGUGUGUGUUUUCUUCCUCUUCUGGACUCCCUACAACAUUGUCAUUUUCCUGAAGUUCCUGCAACACUUCGGCUUCAUGAACACCUGUCAAGAGCACCUGGACAUGGCUAUGCAGUGGGUGGAAACCCUAGCAUUUACUCACUGCUGCCUGAACCCCAUAAUCUAUGCCUUUGUGGGGAAUAAAUUCAGGAAUUUGUUUCUAAAGCUUCUACAGGAAUGGUUUCCUCUUUGCUUUGACCGGUGCAUAAAAAAUGAAAAUGAGUGUGCAGAAAGGGGGAACUAUGUACCCACACACUCCUAAAAUUUCCAGCACAAAUACAAAAUAAAAAGUAAUAUUAUAUAUACAGUAUAUUAAAUAUACAA